UCUUCAUUUCAAUUCCUCUUCUUGGCAAAAACUUGGAUUCAAUACAAUAGUGGUCUCUUUCGCAAAUGUUGCACCUCAUAGCAACUGUUACAAGUAUGUGAGCUACAUAUGUAUCAAUUGCUUCAACCAUUACUCAUCUUCCCCAGUUCUUCUCUCAUCUGCAUCGAGCUGAAAAUGGGAUUAUUGUUCUGAAGGGUUUUCGUUGUUUGAAGAGAGUGCGGAAAUGGGUAGGCUAUUCUUGCUCUUUCUCGAAGGCAGUUUCUAUAGCUGCAAGUACUGUCAAGCACACCUGGCUGUGACUGAUGACAUUAUCUCCAAGUCUUUCCACAGCAGGCAUGGAAAGGCGUAUCUCUUUGAGAAUGUCGUUAAUGUGUUUGAAGGGGAAAGGGAAGAGCGGAUGAUGAUGACAGGAAUGCACACUGUUGUUGACAUCUAUUGUGUGGGCUGCUGCAGUUUGCUUGGCUGGAAAUAUGAAUCUGCUGAGGACAAAAGCCAGAAAUACAAGGAAGGGAAAUUCAUCCUGGAAAGGUUCCAAAUACUGGGACCUGAUGGAAGCGGCUACUCAGGUAGCCAUGACGCUCAGCUUGAAGGAGGGAGUGAUGGCGAUGAAGCUUGAUGAUCUCAUCUCAUCUCCCAUCAUCACUUAAGAAGUAAUCAUCGGUGACCCAUAUAAUGCAAGUAGCCUAACACACAAAGUUUUGCAGCAUAUAUAUACUUUAGAAUGGAGAUUGUCUUUCCAUUUCACAAUGAUGGCCUGUCCUGUAAAAUAAAUGAGUAAAAUUUAGUCAUACCCAAUGCAACUUGCUGCCUGCCUAUACAGGUUUUGAGCCCAUUACAUUUCACAAGUAGAAUUGUUCUUGUAGAUAUGAUUUUUCAGGUCAAUAGAAAUUCGAUUAGUACGAUGUUUC